AUGACGGUCCUAUUUCUUCUCCCUCUGUUUAUCCUCACUGCGCUGUCCUCCCUCACCUCCGCGGCGUCGGACUAUCACGAAGAGCUCGUCCUACAACCGUUACCCCAAUCUGCUCUGCUAUCAUCCUUCAAUUUCCGAAGUAAUACAUCUCAGGAAUCCUUUGAGCAACGACAUUUCCGAUAUUUCCCCCGCGCUCUCGGCCAGAUCUUGCAACACGCUCACACGAAGGAGCUGCAUCUCCGAUUCACAACGGGAAGAUGGGAUGCUGAAAGCUGGGGUCCCCGACCUUGGAAUGGUUCGAAAGAAGGAGGCACAGGUGUAGAGCUAUGGGCUUGGAUAGAUGCCCCGAACGAUGAGGGGGCAUUUGCGAAAUGGAUCACUUUGACACAGUCCUUAUCAGGCCUCUUUUGCGCAUCUUUGAACUUCAUUGACUCGACUCGAACUACUCGACCGGUUGUCUCCUUUGAACCUUCCGGGGAUCACUUCCCCUCGAGCCAAUUACAUCUUCUCCAUGGAACGCUUCCUGGCGAGGUUGUCUGCACAGAAAACCUCACACCCUUUUUGAAACUCCUUCCCUGCAAAGGAAAGGCAGGUGUUUCUAGUUUGUUCGAUGGUCAUAAGCUGUUUGAUGCUUCGUGGCAGAGCAUGUCUGUUGAUAUCCGCCCCGUUUGCCCCUCGGAAGGCGAAUGUUUGGUGCAGAUUGAGCAGACUAUAGACAUGGUGCUUGAUCUUGAUAGGUCAAAACGACCUCGAGAUAACCCCAUCCCGCGGCCAGUCCCUGCUGACCAGCUUGUGUGUGACACUUCCAAGCCUUACCAUUCGGGAGAUACUUGUUAUCCUUUGGAGAAAACUUCCGAGAAAGGAUGGAGCCUAACAGAAGUUUUUGGGCGCAGUAUCAGUGGUGUCUGUCCGCUCGCAGACGACCAGGGCUCUAGCGAAGAGACUGUUUGCCUCCGUGUGCCACAUGAAAGAACAGUGUAUAUGUCUCCGGAGGCCUCUGAGAACAAGGAUUCAAAUGGAAUAUCCCGCUGCUUUAGCUUGCACCCUUCGAACCCAUUCGACUUAGUCCUCCCGGAGCAGGAGGUCCAGGCCAAUGUCCCACUAGAUGAGCCUGUUCUGCGUGCGGAGCGAACUAUUGUUGGCCACGGCCAAGAACGGGGAGGCAUGCGGAUCAUUUUUGAUAACCCGUCGCUAACCAGUGCUGUUGACUUCAUUUAUUUUGAGACUCUCCCGUGGUUUCUGAGGCCUUAUGUCCACACACUGCAAGCUACUAUUACAGGACUUGAUGGCGUUCCCCGACAAGUUGCAGCAUCCGAGAUCAUCAAGGAAACAUUUUACAGACCUGCAAUUGACCGAGAGCGUGGUACCCAGCUCGAACUGGCGCUGUCUGUCCCUGCUGCCUCUACCGUGACGCUUACAUACGACUUUGAGAAAGCCAUCCUACGGUACACUGAGUAUCCACCCGAUGCCAAUCGCGGAUUCAAUGUUGCUCCCGCAGUGAUAAAACUUGUGAGCUUAGAGGAUGAUGCCAAUACUCGACAAACCCCGAUCUACAUCCGUACGACCAGUCUUCUCCUUCCUCUCCCGACUCCCGAUUUCAGUAUGCCGUACAAUGUGAUCAUUCUCACCAGUACCGUUAUCGCACUUGCCUUUGGCAGCGUCUUCAACUUGCUUGUUCGUCGUUUUGUCUCGGCAGAGGAAGCAGCUGCACUUACGUCGCAAACACUCAAAGGCCGAAUCGCUAGCAAGGUGGUGGCUUUGCGUGAUCGGGUGCGUGGGAAGUCUUCAAAGGUGGAAUAG